AUGCCCCCUGGCCUGCCAUCGAAGCCACCAGCCUACAUGGUGAACAACGAGGGAAACACUUUUGGUGCUGCACCAGAUAAAGGUGUCUUGAACGGACCUGUGACCUCCGUCUUCAAUGAUUUGAACAGCACGAUUAGCAACCACACAGAUACACUGGAUCAUACCCUGGAUAGCAUAUUGCGUCGCCGUGCUUCCGGAUACUGGUUGGCAGAACUUGGUGAUCAGGGACAGGUUUGGAUCCCAGUCCAAACGAUACAGCACAGUAUACUGACUCUUCNNCAGAUGCCAUUCGCACCUUCGGGCUAUAAGUUCUUCCGCGACGUGACAGAAUACGGAGCGGUCGGUGAUGGCAUCACUGAUGAUACUGCUGCCAUCAACCGAGCUAUUAGCGACGGCGACCGCUGUGGCGAGGAAUGUGGUUCUACCAGUGCUUUGGGAGCCUUGGUCUAUUUCCCCCCUGGCACGUACAUGGUGACCACACCCAUCAUCCAGUUAGUCGUACACCGCAAACUUUGGCUGCUCUUACUGACUCGAGACGAGANNUAUUACUACACCCAGUUCGUUGGUCAUCCUCAAGACCCUCCAACGAUCAAGGGCUCUUCCAACUUCUCAGGGAUUGCUUUAAUUGAUACGGACGUUUACAUUCCCAAGGGUAACGGAAAUGAAUGGUACAUUAAUCAGAACCAGUUUUAUCGACAGAUUCGCAACUUCAUCAUCGAUCUGACUCAAAUGCCAAACAAUAUCACUCAAGGAGACCAGACUUAUGUUCCAUGCGGCAUUCACUGGCAGGUGGCUCAAGCGACUUCGCUUCAAAACAUCGUCUUCAACAUGCCCGUCUCCGGACAAGUCGUGAAUUCUGGUAAUGAAGGUACAAAGGCUGUUGGUAUUUUCCAGGAGAAUGGGUCCGGUGGCUUCGUCAGCGAUCUCACCUUCAAUUAUGGAAACAUCGGGUACCGUGCUGGAUCCCAACAGAUGACCGCACGCAACCUUGUUUUCAACAGCUGUCUCACCGCGGUCUCCUCCAUCUGGAACUGGGGAUUUACCUGGCAAGGCAUCACCGUCAACAACUGCUACCAAGCCCUGGACUGCUCCAACUUUGGCGGAAUCGAUGGCCAGGGGACUGGCUCAAUGUCUAUCAUCGACUCUCAUUUCAACAGUGUUCCGUACGCGAUUCCGCUGACUGCUGGCGGGCCAUACCCGGCAUUAUACCUCGACAAUUUGCUCGUUGAUGGUCCAAACUCUCAUCAGAUUGUGUUCUACUCAGGCCACGCCGAUUCACUCUUGGAAGUCAAACAGGGCGAUUCGUUGACAGUAAAUGGUUGGGCAAUGGGACAUCGUUACCAGAAUAUUGACGGCACAGGCGAGAAUACCCACGGAUACAUCAACCCGGUUCCUAAGCGUCCCGCAUCAUUGAAUUCCGUUAACAAGCUGUUCUCUGUUUCGAGACCUCAGUACGGAUCCUUAGGAUCCGGCGAUGUCGUCAACGUGCUGAACCAUGGUGUUUCCAACGACGCGACGGGUGAUCAGACAUCUGCCAUCAACUCUGUUCUUGCGAGUUCAGUCGGCUCUGUUGUCUUUUUCCCUGCAGGCGUUUACACGGUCAAAGGCACUGUAAAUGUUCCUGUCGGCUCCAAGAUUGUUGGUUCGGCUUGGUCGCAGAUCAUGGCGACUGGUUCAUACUUUGAGGAUGAGUCAAAACCCCAAGUCAUGGUUCGUGUGGGCAAGUCUGGAGACUCGGGUAGCGUUGAGCUUUCUGAUAUGCUUUUUACUGUCCAAGGCGCCACAGCUGGAGCAAUCCUGGUUGAGUGGAACGUCAAAGCCUCUAAACAAGGCUCUGGUAAGUGA